AUGACCAACCCAAUUCCUCGUCUCCGCUUGCCUUUAUCUUCUCGCGUUCAGGACGUGUUUUCGUUACCCACAUUUCUUCCAAUUAAUUUACCAUCUCUAUUCUCACACCCUAUUAUCGGCGUUCCCCAAUAUUUGGUGUGUCAAACGUGUAAGUCAAAGUACACAUUAAGUUGUCCAGUGUGUAACUUCUCACAGACUAAUUCUUCGUUUUCACUUCACACAAUUCAAAAUACUCAAUCUGGUCUUUCUAAAGAGUUUAAAGACUCCAAGGGACCUGUGCCAAUGAUCAUAGUGGUCAAUACCAUAAACGAACACAUGCCGUAUGUAAACUACUUUUUGACAAUGUUGAGUCAAUUUGACAGAGAUGUCUUGCUCAUAUUACCUUCAGAUACAUUUUGUGUCAUUCCGCAUCCAUCACGAGAGAUCAUUCUAACUCACUCAGACACUCUACUUGUCAAUCUCAGACAUCACACGUUUUCGUCGAGAUUGAUGAAUGCCACCUUUAUUUCAGAACGGAUCUUGAACCAAAAAAUCAGUCCUACUAACGACUUGACAAAUCUGAUCACUGAACUUGCCUCCGAACUGACUCACAUCGUCAUCUUCACUUCAGACCCACUCGCUCUUCCAAAAGAUAUUCAAUCACUCCGAAAUAAUCUUUACCAUUCGUCAUCCACUAUCGACCAAUUUGUAUUUAACCUUACACCGCGCACGUGCUUGGCUCAGGUAUUUUCCAAAGACACCAACGGGUACUUUUGCGCUUACGACAAAUUUUCGAUUGUGAACUUUCCGUCGGAUUGUGAACGAGUCAUCAAAUCACAGAAAAUUUAUAACCUGAGAAUUGUUGCAAUCAUGCCGGGGGUACUUGUUGAAAAUAUGACACCCAAGUCUUUCACGUAUUCAACCGACCAAACAAUCACUCUCUUUUUGAAAACAAAAGAUAAUUUGAAGGAAAAUGUGCGAGCCCAGUUCCAGUUUAAUUUUGUGCACGAAAAUGGGUGCAAUUAUUUGGGGAUUCUUAAUGAGACAUUUGAAACAACAAAUCGGCUGCAACAACUAUUUUCCAAUUACGACGCGGCAGAUUUCCUUGCGUUUGUCGCGAAGUAUGCGAUACACACAACAAACGGAACAGUCUCCGAUGCGAGAAAUAAGUUCAUGACAAUGAUCACACAAUGCUUUUUCAAUUUCUAUGACAUUUCACACACGUCCCAAUUUCCUUAUAAUAGAGAUACAAUUGGAUAUUUCUGUUGUCACAUUCUAAAUUCUCCAUCAUUCAACGGAGAUGAAGCAGAAUCAGGGUAUGAAGACUCAGUGCUUGUAAAAUGUUUGAUGGAGAGAAAUUUCAUUGUUGGGAGUUCGACGCAGGAGAUUGCUAAAUUUUACGACAAAGAUUUGUAUUACGUCAAACUCGUUUCAGAAGAUGAGCGGUUCAUUCAUGUCGUAAACGUACCAUAUCAAACAGAAAGGUUUGUGGGACAGGAAUGGCUUAUCCACAAGUAUCGCGGGGUUGCGACUCAUCUGAUUUUUAAAACAUCAAAAACAGCACAACACAUGUUUGGACCGGAUUGGCUUGAUGUCGGGGAGGAAGAGCUUGAGAAUCGUUGGAAAGAGAUAAUGAAGGGUGUUUCAAACGACCCCGCAUUUUUUGAGCCGAAGCUGAAAAGCGUGAAACACAAAAUAAAUAUUGUAGGUGAUUACAGUGCGGUUCUCCCGUUCUGCUAUGACGGGAUGCCAAAUAGAUACCGCGACCCCGCAUUGUUCAAAAUUAACUUAAUUAAAAAAAUCGAGGAGACCAAAAAAAGAAACGAGACAACUUAUCUCUUUCCACACGUCUGA